AUGGCAGACACUAACCCAAUCCUCGAAGAGGCUGGGUUAAGCUUCGAGCUGAUCAAGAAGACAUCCGACGGCGUCCUAGACGAGUACAAAACCGUCAACCCCAAGCUUCGAGUCCCAGCACUCUCAAUCGACAAGAAUAGGAUCACUGAAAAUCCCGCGGUCAUGAUGGCUAUUUCAAACCUGGCUCCUGACAAACACCUCUUCGGCAAGACCCCUCUGGAUACCGUUCGUGUCGUCGAGUGGGCAAACUAUAUAUCGGGCACACUACACGCUCAUGCAUUUGACGGACUGUGGAGACCGCAUCUAUUCACGAGUGAUCCUGAAGACCAUCAUAAGAUCCAGGCCAGGAGCCUAGUUACGAUUAAAGAAUGUUUUCAGUAUAUCGAGCAAAGACUUAAGGGAGUCUAUGCUGUCGGUGACUCGUAUACUGUCGUGGAUCCAUACCUUCUUACCAUGUACCGAUGGGGACAAAAAAUUGACUUGCCCAUGGAGUCAGCUUACCCGAAACUCACUGCUCUUGUUGCUGAGAUUUCGAAGCGGCCGGCGACCGUGGCUGCUUUGGAGGCUGAGGGACUUCCUCCAGUAUUCGAUGAUUAA